AACGUACACACCAAUCUAAGGUAAAAAAUGGACUUCUUUAGAGAGCUUAGAGAGCUACGAGGUAACCAGGGUAGAAAAGAAGAAGAGGAGGGGGUUAUUUCUGUAGAGCCUAUCGCGAUGAUAGUGCCGCCGACACUGCAGGACUUGCCGGAAACUAUAACGCUUGAGAGCAGCGCCAGUUCAAGCGCCGGAGACGACAGUGGCGACCACCACAUUUCAUCGUCCAGCAGUUCGUCCUCUGAAGAGACACCCAGCCGCGAGGAAGAGACGGGGAAUGUGGUUGGCAAUGAACCAGAUCUGCCCGUGGUUGAAGAAUGGGAAAAUAGGCUAAUCACGGGUAGAUUGAGCAACCUACGCAAGGCGCCCAAAGAACUGCCUUCUGGUUUUAGGUUCAAGGCGGCGCUUCACCAUGAAGUGGUAGAUAACGCGUCCUCAAUAAGUGGGUAUAAGAAACUGGAGGAGAUGACGGGCUGGAUACUAGUGUACGUGGAUCACUUUGAGGCCGGCCUGCGAUUUCCCCUACCCGGGCUGAUAUUCGAUCGUCUGGCACAUUACGAGCUAGGUCUGACGCAGCUGACGCCCAACAGCAUAAGAUUCAUCAUAGGUUUUAUGCUGUUGUGUGCGAGGUUGGAGAUACCGACCAAGGCGAUAGUAUUCAGAUCGCUGUUUCAAUGCCGGCUGUGUCCUAACUCCAGAGGUGCAAAGUGGUACUACCUCUAUGGGAGGGAGAAGAGCCAGUUUUUCAAGAAUGUGAGGAACAAAGUGGCGAGGUGGAAGAGGCAGUUCAUUUUCGUUCGCGACACACGAACAGAAAGAAUAAGCAACGACCUCGUUGCUCGACUAUCUAAAUGGCACGUGCCGAAUGCACAUGUUAAUUACCCCCAACUGCUGCCUCGGGAUACAGAUCUGAAAACACAAAAAAUAUAGAAACAAAAAACACAAAAAAAAAAAAGGGCAAAGAAGCAUGCACCUUCGCAGCUUCGCUUUUCCAGGCUAGAAAAUUAGAGCAAAGAUAUAAAAAGGGACGCCCAGU